UUGCCUCCGGUGAUGGCUCUUCUCAAUACCUCGAUCGGUCGAAGCAUGUCGCUCAUAAUUCUACACAGGUUGAAAGAACUGAGCGCGACUGUACGGGAAAAAGAGGUUUUUCAAGCAUUUGAAACAGCCUCGAGUUCCUUAUUAAGUGCACUUUGUUUGGACUGAGUCAGCCCCAACUUACAGUUUGCGACGAACAACGACGACCCAUUGUUUACUAAUACUGGAAAAUUCUCGUGCACGAAAAUAAACAUACGUGUACAUGGCCUCCAAUGAAAUCACAAAGAGUCAUGUAUAUACUAGUUGAAAUUUGUUUUCGAGCCACAUUCAGCUUGGCGAAAAUUUUUGUAAUCGAAAGCUUCGACAUCUUUACAUGGACGGAAAACUCAUUUCUUCUGCGGAAAUGAAGCCUGUUACAACACAAUCUUCUACUCGUGUGGGCCUUUGGGUUGUGAUAGUGUGCUCGAUUUGCGCUACAUUUCUAAUUUCCAACUAUCUGGUGGUUAAUGAGCGUAUGGCCGCUUUGGAAAGAAAACUAGAAAGUCUACAGAGAGGUGAGAUAUUAAACUCGGAUGUUUCUUUCAACGAGCAAACGGCCGGCAUAGACGAGCAUCACGCCAGAAGAAAAAGAGCGUUGAAACGGAAAGCACAAGUGAGUGCCAUCGCAGAUUUUGAAAAACGACUUCGAGCUUUGGAGAAAAGGAUCGAUGCCAACAAUCGGUCUGUGUUGACUCCAAGCAAGCAUAGUGAUUGGUGGUUUCUCGCAUAUCUUCGAGGGCGAGAUGGCCGAGAUGGUAGGGAAGGUCUCAUGGGUCCUCCAGGACCUCCUGGAAAGCCGGGUGUCCCAGGAAUAGCAGGAAAACCUGGUGCACCAGGGCCGAAGGGUGAAGCAGGACAGUCUGGAAAUGGUACAUACAAGCCGGUUUCUGGUCCUCCUGGUCCUAAGGGAGAGCAAGGUCCUGGUGGGAGGCCCGGGCGUCAGGGACCUCAAGGGCCCAAAGGUGACAGAGGACGGGAUGGAGCUGGUAUUACUGGAGUAAAAUAUGUCCGUUGGGGAAAGACCAAGUGUCCUAGCGGUGCUCAGUUGGUUUAUGAAGGUAUAAUUGGAAGUAGCUAUUACGGCCAUCAUGGUGGAGGAGGAGAGUACAUAUGUCUGCCAAAGGUCCCGAAGUACGACAAGUACAAGGACGGAUAUCAAUCGGGGUCAUACAUUUAUGGAACUGAAUAUGAAGUCAAGGGGUUCAAUCCUUUUAAAAGCAACCUCCAUGAUCACGAAGCCCCAUGUGCAGUGUGUUAUGUCAGCUCGCGUGCAACCCAGCUGAUGAUACCCGCAAGGAAUGAGUGCCCAUCUGCUUGGACCGAAGAGUACCAUGGGUACCUGAUGUCGGAGAACGCAAGGCACAAACAGUCUCGCAACUUCAUUUGCGUUGACCGAGACGCAGAGUUUGUUCACGGUAGCCGUGCCGACCUCAAUGGUGCCCUUCUGUACAUUGUGGAAGGCCAGUGUGGUUCGUUGCCAUGCCUACCAUAUGUUGCUGGUAGGGAGUUGACUUGCGCCGUAUGCACAAAGUGAUGAGUCGACCAUGGAAAAGCGCUUCAGACACUAGUUGCUUCAGAUUUUCGAUAGAGCUUUUGAACAAGAUGGUUUAUAUAGGCUGAGCCUAGAAGAACAUGUAGAGGUUUUAUUUCAUGAAUGAAUAAAUACCUUGAAGCGUU